CCCUUGGCCGCUGACACAGUCACACUUACAGGAAGUGGUGGAGUCAUGUCUCAUCAACUCCAAGCUGAGCUUCACGCAAACCAGAAGAAAAUGUGGCGCAUGAAGGUUACAGCUGUGGACGAGAAGAAAUGAAAUACACGCAGAUCUGCACUGAUUUCCCUCCGGAUCAAAUAAGAGUAUCGUUACACUGUGGGACAGCAUGUCAAGAGUCACGCGUCUGAUUUUCCUUCUUAGGCUCAUCGCCUUCACUGUAUCAGGGGUCCAAAAGCUGAACGUCACCCCUGAGAGAGGCACCACCUUCAACAUCAGCAGUAGUCAGGUCAAAGGUUGCAAAGUGUGCACCGUAGCAGAAAGCUCACGACAAUGUCACCCAUCCCUUCUGCUAGAAGACAACACUCCUGUCUCACUGGAGUUUGAAUGCUCCAAACCUCAAGAUGUAUUCAGCGUGGAAAUUGUGCGAAAUAUAGAUUGUAACACAAAGUCUUGCAACGGCCGCAUCGUCCAGGCUGACUCUGGCUCACUUCCCUUCCUGGAUUUUAACCGCAAGUUCACCUGGAACCUGAAGGCCUUUGCACAGGAAGCAUUCAAAAUAGACUUCGGUAACACUGGUCUAAGACAGAUUAAGCCAUCUGAGAGAUGUCCAGACAAACACAGCUACACCCUCCAGGCCUUCCAGGCAACAGGGAACGUGACCGUAGGGAAAUACUGCAGAACGGGGCCUGUCAGUAGCGCUCAGAUACUGAAUACAGGCAGCUUUUCUCUGGAUGUCCCAGCAGGGCAGAAGCUGCAAAAUGGCCAGUUUGAUGUGUCUGUCGGGGAGGAGAUCAAAUCCCUUGCCAAAAUUACGCUGACGUUACCAAAAGGGACCUCGACGUCAGAGCUGCUUUCUCCGAACUACCCAGAAAGUUUUCCCGAUGAUGAUGUGAUGGAGUGGUACUUUCAGGUUCCGGACAAACACAGGAUAUCCGUUCAGUUCCCAAAUCUCGAACAGCCGCAUUGUCUGAAGAAGCAGAUAGCGGUGGAGUACCACAGCAAAGUGAGAGGGGCGUCGGUGUUGAGACUAAUGGACCCCCAGCCAGUCCAGGAGCACGGAGACUUUGCCCUGAAACUGAGGAACUGCGAGAUGGACAGAGGACAUAGUGGCUCUCCUGUACUGUCGCUAAGCCUCAAGGUGUCGUCCACAUUUACAGGAUUGCCAGUGACUUGUACAGUGGAUCUGAGGAAAAUAAAGGGCCUCUCUCUGCACAUCGAGAAGUUGAGACCGAAAUCUGACUGCAGGAUGAAAAUGAACUCGACGCUGAAGGAGACAAUCACGGUCACAUCGAAGAGUGUGCUGACUUUCCAGAACUGCUUUCCUGAAGAUGUAAAAGUCACCGCCACGAGAGUCAUAGAGUGUCGUCAACUCAAAGAUUGCUCCAAGACUCCGACCCGUCUGUCGGUGCCUGCCCUGCCGACCUGCCUUCCCGUCCCUCUAAGCAAUGUGACCUGGACUCUCCGUCCUAGUCAGCACGGGACCGUGGAGCUGACCUCUCCCACUGGGCCCCUCAAGCAGUGCCUACCUGGGAACCGAUGCAACGACAGCAUCAUUAUCAAAGUGGCCGAAGAUGACGGCACUACUGUGGGACACUUCUGCCCGCAGGGAGCCAUACAGAAGAUCCAACUCCACACCAAUGUAUCUGUCACUCUUUCCGGCACGAGGGGUAAAGCACUAACAACAAGCAAGUAUGUGCUGAACGCCAUUUUGAAAGAGGAGAUUUCAGAAAGAUACAUAUUCACUAUAUCUCCAAAGAGGGACACUCCUGUCCUCUUGGCUUCUCCUGGUUGGCCAGUAGGAAUGAAGUCUUACUCCACCGUCUCCUGGAUCAUCUCCGUUCCCCCGAAGAUGGAGGCUCACCUGAUGUUUGCAAACCUCAGCCAGCCCAAGUGCAGCAACCGCCACACCAACAUCAGGGUGCAGAGAGUCGGCUCCCCGGAGGAGGAAUACAGCCGCAGGGAGGACGAGGAGGCCGAGAGUGAGAUCACAGUCUCCGACAACUUCUACCUCAACAUGUCCAACUGUAUGCCCGAGAGUGGAGGGGGACACUUCAGCGUCAUCAUACAGAUCACCCUGCAGAAGAGCAUAAACCUUCUGCUGACUAUUAUCCUGAGUGUGGUGGCCGCUCUGCUGGUCAUUUUUGUCAUCGUGCUGGUAGCGGUCUGUGUGGUGAUUAGGAAGAAGAAGAAAAAGCUAAAUCAUGAAGUGUCCAUCUACAAUCCAAAUGGCAUCAGCUUCCUGCCAGGACAAAACGGCUUCCCAAAAACAGAUGAGGAUGAGUACCAUGUGUAUGAGUCCAUUGAGGACACGCUGGUCUACACAGACCUGCUGAGAAAGGGGGCAGAGAUGGGCAUCUACAGGGAGUUUGACAGAUGCCAACCCGUCUCAGGGCACAAAGACUCACAAAAACCACUGAUCUCUAAAAACACAGACGAAGACGACAUGCCAGUCGGGUCUUACCAGCAGUUUCAGGGUCCUCCGCUUCCCGUCAGGCCCCCGAGCCACGUCCAGUCCCUGGUGGACAAUGUGAUUUACCAGACUGGGGACCAAAGUGAGGAAGAGGAAGAAUCUCCGAAUCUGGGGCCCCGGCUGGAGCCAGAGGGAGGAAACUGAGGAGAAGAUUGGAUUCAGCUUUUUGCUUUUCUCUCGACCUACUUGAACUUUGAGAUAUUCAUUCCCUGGCAUCUUUGUGAUUACCUGCCUUGCAAGAAAGCGUUUUUCUCUUGAGUGUAGUUUUGCACCAAAGCCAGGAACACAAAACAACCCUGCUAAAACCUGCCUGCAGCUGUUACCUUGUUUUAUCUCAGAUGAAGGCAGUACAUAACCAUCGUCUUUAUGCCGGUUUUGCCACAAUGAAAAGAUUUUGUGUUACAUUAAGGCAGAGAAUAUUCUUCAUUUGGAGAGAUUUUAUACAUAUCGUGGUUGUUUUAAUAGGAGCAAACGUGUGUGCUGUUUACGUGUUGAGGUUUUCUCUUUUUUUAACAUAAACUGGAGAAAAGAGAGGACUCCAUUGCUGUUGAAAAACACUGCGCUUUUAUAGCAUCAUCAAAACAUGAUGGUCUGAUGAUGGUCUGUAUUGCAGCAGAUUGCAGCAGCAGUGUAUGUGCGGGGAGAAAUAUGUUUCUAUUGUUUAUCACCUGAUAUGGAGACUUCAAGAUACAGUGCCAUUACACCAUAAACAUGCCAUACAGAGAGGACAAUACACUCCUGUUAAUACAUUUUAGGAUCUUUGAGUUGUUGCUUUUAUUCCUUUUUGGACCCACACUUUUGGGAAUCUUAAGACUGAUCUGCUGCUAGCUGAAUGAUGUGUUUCUCUGGUCAUUCAGGGGCUUUUUAGUUUUUUUCAUUAUCAUGUUUUCAUUAGAAAUGAGAAUCAGGAGUGAAAGCCCAUAUUUUAGGAUGAUUUUUUUUUUUUUUUUUUUGAAGACCACAGACCCUUUCUGACCUGAAGCUACAAUCCUUGUACACACUUAAUUUCUGUCAGUCAGCAGAAAGUUACUCGCAAAGCAAUGUCAGUAUCAUUGUUGGUUAAAUGAAUUGUGUUAUUAAUAGCAGAUAGCUUUUAAAAGAGAGACUGUGUGAGUCAUAUAAUUUAAUGUAAGUGUGAUGAGUGCUCGUGUGUUGAAAGGUCACGAUACAAACCAAGUCUUAACUAAGUUACAGUCAAGUACAGGUGAUGUGUUCUGUUUUACAUUAACUGGAAUAGAAAACAAUAACAGUUUAUUAGAAUCGUUAUGUAGGUUAUUGAUUUCAAUAUUAGGUUGAACAAGAAAGUCACAGAAUAUUAACUUAUCUCAUCUGAGUAAAACUGGGAUUUAAGUUUUAUAAUCAAAUGUGUGAAAAGACUGAAUAAAUCCUGUUGUUUAUCUUAUAAAGCCAUGUCGCCUCCUGCAGUUCAGAAAAUGAACGGCAGAGGGAAGCAAAGUCAAAGGAAAUAAAGUGCGUCCUGUAAAACAAU